CGCAGCGAAGAAACUCUGUGUGGAUAUCAGCAGACCUGUCCCCCUGGAUAUUAAGAACUACAGGUUUUAUUCAGAGCUGGGAAAAGGAGGCUUUGGCCGGGUGAUGUUGGCUUCGUUUACCCCGAAGAAGAAACUGGUAGCAGUAAAGAUCAUGCAGAAAAAUCCAGACAAGAACAACUUCAACAUCAUGAUGAAGGAGGCCCGAGUGCUAACGGUCACUAGAGGAUGCCCAUUUUUAUGCCAUUCAUAUGCAGCUUUUCAAUCAGAGCUGGAAGCCUUCUUCGUCCUGGAGUAUGCCAGCGGGAAAUCUUUAAUGCAAAUGAUUCUGCGCAAAGGAAAUCUGCCAAUGGCAAGAAUCAUGUUCUACACAGCGGAGAUGGUGGUUGCCCUCCAGUUCCUGCAUUCUAAGGGCAUCAUUCAUCGUGACCUGAAACCUGACAACGUGUUGGUGGACAGAGACGGCCAUAUCAAGAUCUGUGACUUUGGCCUCGCCGCGGAGAACAUCUUUGACCAGACAAGGACCAACGGAGUAACAGGAACCCCUGGAUACCGCGCACCAGAGGUGACAACAAACAUUUAAAAUACAAACAUAGGAUCUAAAGGCAUUGUUCACCUUUAAAUUAACCUUUAGUCUCAUGCAGAGAGUGAUAUUCUAAGACAAUUUGCAAUUGGUCUUCAUUUUGAAUGUUUUUUUAAUUACUUAGCUGAUAAUACCACACAUAUUGGAUCUAGGGUUGCACCUUUUCUGGAAAAAUAUACCGGCGUUUCUAUAUAUUUAUAUUUUUUCCCUAUUAAUAACAUUGGGAUCAACCAUUGUUUUUACCGGCCAAAUGGCAAACCUAAUUGGAUCAGUGCUCAUUUAAUAUAAAUUAAUAUUAAUACAGACGUUAAAUGUAAUCCAUUUGCAAUUUAAUAUGUUGCCGUGUU